GCGGGGGCACUGCGCAUGCGGGGAGAUGGCGGGCCAGGCGACCUGAGCGCCGCGGGUCGCCGUGUUUCCCUCGCGCCAGCGGCGGGAGCGCUCAGGCUUGUGAGGCGACGGCCGAAGCGGCUUCUCCGUGCGGCUCCCGCACUCCCCCGAGCCGACCGCGGGUGGAUCCGCUGCGUUCCGCGCACCCGGGCCCUGGCGCUCGACGCGGCGGAAGGCGGGAGAGCCCGCGGGACGCGGGGAGCGCGGGGCGGCCGGCGUCAUGAGCCAGCAGCGGCCGGCGCGGAGACUGCCCAGCCUCCUGGUGGACCCGGCGGAGGAGACUGUGCGCCGCCGCUGCCGCGACCCCAUCAACGUGGACAGCCUGCUGCCAUCGAAGAUCAGGAUUAAUUUAGAAGAUAAUGUACAGUAUGUGUCUAUGAGAAAAGCACUAAAAGUGAAGAGACCGCGUUUCGACGUGUCGCUAGUGUAUCUAACUCGGAGGUUUAUGGAUCUUGUCAGAUCCGCGCCCGGGGGCAUCCUGGACCUAAACCGGGUGGCUAGCAAGCUGGGUGUGCGGAAGCGCAGGGUGUACGACAUCACCAACGUGCUGGACGGCAUUGCCCUGGUGGAGAAGAAAUCCAAGAACCACAUCCGCUGGAUAGGGUCCGACCUGAACAGCUUUGCCACGGUGCCUCAGCAGAAGCAGCUGCAGCAGGAGCUGUCGGACCUGUCCGCCAUGGAGGACGCUUUGGAUGAGCUCAUCAAGGACUGCGCUCAGCAGCUGUUUGAGUUAACAGACGACAAAGAGAAUGAAAGGCUGGCCUACGUCACGUACCAGGACAUCCACAGCAUCCGGGCCUUCCACGAACAGAUCGUCAUUGCGGUAAAGGCCCCAGAGGAGACCAGGCUGGACGUCCCGUCACCCCGAGAGGAUGCCAUCACUGUGCACAUCCGCAGCACCAAGGGGCCCAUCGACGUGUACCUGUGUGAGGUGGAGCAGAGCUGCCCAGGUGCUGGAGCAUGCCCCAAGCACCCCAAGAAAGGCACAUAUGUCACCCCACUGUCCCUACCCGUAGAGGAGCCCGAUAUGCAGCCUGAGGAGACGCUGGAGGCCUGCAGCUGAGCCAAGGGCGGCGUUGAAACGGAGUGUCGACCCCAGCAGGGUGGCAUCUGCGAAUCUGCCCUGGGAAAGGCAGCUCCGAACAGAGGAGGUUGCUUUAGCAAUCGCCCCAGACCUGCGGUGCUGGUCCCUGUCCACAGGAGUCUGCAUGUCCCUGAAUCGUGUUAGCAUCCCAAGGUGGUGGCAGCAGCGCUGUGGCCUCGCCGCUUUAAUUUAUUAGACUUCGGGGAGGGCGGGCACGGCUUGUCCGCAUGCGCCCUGGGUGGGGGGCGGACGCCACCUGGGGCCAGGAGAGAAGCACUUGGAGCACAGCUGGCCAGGCCAGCCGGGCACGGUGACAGGAGCCUGGCCCGUGCUCCUGCGGGCAGCAGUGUCGCGCCUUGGUGGCCUUCCCAUCAGCCUCUGCGCCCCCAUUGCCCGUCCCCGCUCCUAUGCCUCUGCUCUACCUCAGCGGUAAGUCAUUUACCACUGUGCCUCAGUUUACUCAGUAGUUACCAUUAGACUGUGAGCUCCUUGCGGGACUGUCGUCACCAUCCUCAUCACCUGACCCCUCCGAAGUGGCACUGAGGGCCUGCGGCUGGGCGCAUGGUGACCGCAGCACAGGCAGGGGCCCUUGGGAGCUUCACGGCUCCUGAUAACCCCCUCCUGAGGAGGGCUGGACGGUGUACAGAAAGUUUUAAAAUAAAGACCAGAAACUA